CCACAGGAUGGUGUAGCGGCGAUGAACGAACACAGCGGCAGGUGGUUGGCUGGGGUGGCGGGCCGCCCUUGCCAGCCCUGCCGCACCUUCCUGCUCCUGCUGGCGCUGCUGCUGCUAGUGAGGGCCACAGCAGGUGUCACCUCGGAGCCUCAGCACGCCAGGAGUCAGGUCACGUCCCUCCAAACACACCGGGUCGUGUCCUCCUCCACAGUGCCAAGCUGCUUCGACAAUACAGAAUUUCAUCGUGAGGUCAAGCCGCAACGCCUCUAUGUUGACGAGAAGGAACAGCCACUGACAAUGUUGACCUCGAGCCGCGUCCCCCAACAGUUGAUGACCCGUAUGGUGGCGAUCUUCCUGAAGGAGUUGCUUGGCUACGUCAACCUCACCAUCACCACCGUACCCGACACCUUUGAUCCAGGCCGAGUUAUUAAUGAAAUGAAACCCGAUAAGCAAGAUAGCAGCAGCAGCGGGCCUCUGCCGUACGUGAACUGGGGCGCCUCGCCCUUCAUCUACGAGUUCUCGGUGGUCAACGGGACGCUGGUCGUGUUCGCCAAUAGAAGCAGCAUGGAGGUAAGGAUACCUAAAGCCAUGGUGAGCCUCGAGGUGUGGAUACCGCCAGGCUACAACGUGGAGUCCCUCACCACAGACUUUGAGACCAGCAGCUACCUUGGAUCAGGCGGACGGUUUGGGUGGUUCAUGCCUAAGAGGUUACUGCGACCUGAUUUCAUCGUUGAGCACUGGAGGUCCUUCACCAGUCCAAAUUCCCCAACUCUCAAACUGUUUUCUAGGACUCAAGAUGAAUUGAACACUCUGUCGUUUAAAAUGAGAGACCCAACAACUGGGGAGUUUUACUGCCCCGAGAGUCUGGGGUGUGAAGAUGGCCUGUAUGUUCCCUCUAGAUGCAGUGCUCAUCAACCAUGUGCUGUCCUCUUUGCUUCAUAUGCAGAUUAUAAUGUGACAAAGUUCCUUCGUGGUCAGAUUGAGGCCAUGAAAGCAUAUGUAAUUGUGUCUUGGAUUGGACCAAACCUCAAUCACAAAUUCAUAAAGAACAACAGUGAUCUGUCCGGGCUUGAGGGUGAAGAAGAACGUUCAAUUCUCAUCUUCCACUGGUGGCCGUCUGUGCUGCUCCAGCCGUUUGACUUUAUAUCUGUUUCCUUUCCGCCGUGCAUAGACAGAACCAUUAAAGCUGAUGGUGAUUCUCCAUAUCAGUGCAAAUACGAGAUGCAUCGGUUCCAUAAAUUUUUAUGGAAGAAAUUGAAGAGAUAUGCAAAAUUUGCAUAUAAUGCCUUCCACAAGGUGCAGGUAAACCACACAGACUUCAUGGAUCUCUUGGACACUUACAACAUGUGGAAAAACAAGUCAUCCUUGGCUCUUGAUGAGGUCGCCUGUCACUGGAUGAAGAACAACAAGCAACGAUGGUUGACAUGGCAACCGGGCAGUACUCUGCACCAACUGAAGAUGGUCGGUCUCUUUCCAAUCUCCACCGAAAAAAAAAACAGACGCAAGUUUAUCGCUCCCGGCAAUGUUCCUGCGUAUUUCAUGGCAGUUGAGGCCGUCAACAAAAAUAAAAGCAUCCUUACUGAUUUUGAAAUUCAUCCCAUUGUGUUAAACGGAGCGUGUGAGCCAGCCAUGGUGAUGAGGCAGUUCAUAGAGAUUCUCCAAAUGUCUUCUAGUCAGGGAUUCUACAAUAAUAUGAUUGGGUUUGUGGGUCCAGCAUGUUCUGAUACAGUUGAACCAAUCGCUGGUGUGUCAAAAUACUUCAAUGUGCCAAUAAUCUCGUAUGGUGCUGAAGGCGCCAUAUUUUCAGAUCAAGACCAUUAUCCAUACUUUUUUAGGACUAUUCCAGAAAAUAAGAUUUUCCGAUACGUGUACUCCUCCUAUUUUAAGAGAGAAGGGUGGAAGAGAGUUGCAUCACUCACAGAAAAUGGACAGAGGUACUCAGAAUACUUGACGCUUCUUCGUGAUAAACUGCAGGAAGAUGGUAUUGAGCUGGAAACCCUUAAGUAUCCCCAGGAGAGAAAGACACCUGACAUGACUCAGUAUCUCCUGGACUUGAAGAACAAAAACUAUUACAUCAUCAUUGGCGACUUUUACCAAGAUGUUGCUCGAGAAGUUAUAUGCGACGCCUACCAUCUGAAGAUGACUGGCCAUCAGGCUUACCUGUGGUUCCUCCCCCACUGGUUCUCGGCCGACUGGUAUGAUGUAGACAAGGUGCCAAGUUACACCAAGUGCACGACGGCUCAGAUGCACAGCGCUCUCCAGGGACACAUGUCACUCUCAUACAAAUAUUUUGCUGAAGAUAAUGACAUUAUGCAAGAAGGAAUAACAGUUGCAGAGUGGAGGAAACUUUACAGUCAGCGAAUUAACACUACUGUUAAAACAAAAAAUGCAUCAGAGUCCGACUAUGCUGGCUUUACCUACGACGCCGUGUGGACCUACGCUCUGGCCUUGGAUAAUCUGUUCAAGAAGGAUCCAUCGUACGCUGCUGACCUUAGAGCAACAAGCACCAUUGGGGCAUUCAUGAAGGAGAUAUCAGCAAUAUCCUUUAAUGGAGUGUCUGGUCACAUCAACUUUUCCUCCGGUGCCUCAAGGAUGACGGACAUCAUAGUGUGGCAGUUUCAGAACAAGGAGUAUGUUGAGGUCGGCCGCUUUCAUCCUCCUCCUUCAGUAUCUGACACUGGAGAAGACAAGGAGAUUGAUUUCAACUUCAAAAUAAAUAAGGAUCGGUUUCUAUGGCCAACCGGGGAAAAACCAGUAGAUGGCAGCACAUGUGCAAUACAGGCGUUCAGUGAGUUUGUGAAUCUGGAAUGUGCAUAUGCCUUAAUUGUCCUGUGUACGCUGUGCUUUGGCGGCCUCAUACUACUGCUUUUCAUCUGCUUCUGCAUAUUUAAGAGGAGGUAUGAAAAGAAACUUGAACAAAUACAAGAAUUGUGGCGUCGGCGACCAUUGUUUGAGAUAUUCGAUGGUUGGGAGAUUCCAAGAGACAAAGUUGUCAUCAAUCGCAAGCUUGGUGAAGGAGCAUUUGGAACGGUGUAUGGAGGGGAGUGCCAGUUUGAUACUGAGGGAUGGGUGGCCGUAGCAGUCAAGACGCUCAAGGUUGGUUCUACCAUAUCUGAAAAGUUGGAUUUUCUCUCUGAAGCCGAGAUGAUGAAAAACUUUGAACAUGAAAACAUUGUUCGUCUCUUAGGAGUCUGCACAAAAACUGAACCUAUCUACACAGUGAUGGAGUUUAUGUUGUAUGGUGACCUCAAAGUAUAUCUUCUUGCCAGAAGAAAUUUGGUAAAUGAAAAGAAUCGAAAUGAUGAUGAUGAAGUGAGCAACAAGAGGUUAACUUCAAUGGCACUAGAUAUUGCACGAGGUCUUGCAUAUUUGGCAGACCUGAAAUUUGUUCACAGGGAUGUUGCUUGCCGGAAUUGCCUGGUCAAUGCAAACAGAACUGUAAAGCUCGCUGACUUUGGCAUGACAAGGCCAAUGUAUGAAAACAAUUACUACAAGUUUAAUCGUAAAGGUAUGUUGCCUGUGCGAUGGAUGGCGCCUGAAUCCCUGACAGAAGGCGUCUUUACAACAAUGAGUGACAUUUGGUCGUACGGUGUUUUGCUGUAUGAGAUCGUCACGUUUGGAGCAUUUCCUUUCCAGGGAAUGUCAAAUGACCAGGUGUUGGAGCAUGUGAAGGCUGGCCAUACUAUUGCCAUACCAAGAGGAAUUAAACCUCAGCUGGAUGUGCUGCUGAAGACUUGCUGGCAUCGUGUGCCAUCAAGAAGGCCACAAGUGUUACAAAUUAUUGAGCACUUGAUCGCCUACCCACGACUGAUAUCACCGUCCCUGGAUGGGCCCCAGUCUUCAGUGCAGAUUGAAGACACUGUGUCACUGGAGAUGAGAAUUCCAGAUAAGACAAGAAAAUUGUCUCUGUCGAUUAACAACCGCCUGCAGAACGUGGCAUCCUCGAGCAGAAAGCGGUCAAUGAGUGGAAAUAUGGUGAUGAAUAUUCCACCCCUCACAACGAGUUUAAGCGAAGAUGGCAUGAUAUCUGCGCAUUCCAAUUUGGACGCUCUUAAUUUAAAUCAUGUGAUGGUUGAAGAAAAUGAAAUGGGAGAGGACCCUUUACUGCCCCCUGCCCAGUAUGUCUCCUCAAGGUAUAUGUCUUUAACACCAAAGGAACACAAGGAGAAAGAAAAAGAAAGUUUAGUGAGCAGACAGCAGGGGGACUACUGCACCACUGAUAUAUCUCGUGAUUUAUGGACUAAUGUCACGCCUGUAUAGGGAAAGGCUAACCUAGGCAUACCUAAGUGACCAAAGUAGUGUUCUAGUGGUUUAGAUUGCAGAUUUAUUGCUAUAUAUUGAAGUUCCCUAUUGAGGAACUCUAGACCAGAUCUUAGCAGCAAAGCAUGUGUGAUGUACUCAAAUGCUAAUCUUUUUCUGGUCAUUCUAUUUUAUAUUAUUUAAGUGGUAUUUAUAAAAUUUUGUUACUCAAGAUGAUGUAGAUAUUCCUAUAAAGCACUACAAGAUGCUUGCUGAUAAUGGCUCGCACUCUUGCGCUGUGGGUAUCAACACUGCAGAUGGCGUCUAUCAGUAUUAUCUCAUUAUGCAAGGGGAUUCGUAUGCAAGCUCUGAUGCAAUAUGAAUCAUUGUUUUAAGACAGCUAUCAUGUGCCAAUGCUGAAGAUGAAACCUCGCGGGUGAACAGCAGUUGUUGCUGUGUAUUGAAGCAAUUCUGCAGCUCCUGGCCCACAAUAUUCCUCUCACCCCCUUCUUCACUAUAGGUAUUGUUGAUCAUGUGACUUUGUGAUGUGAUUUAUUAAUACAGAGCUCUUGGGGUCUUAGAGCAUUCUUUUGCUGAUUUCUUAAGAAAGUUAAGCAUUUAGUUUAUUACUAAAUACAAUGCCAAAGCUUUUAGUUUAUAUAUUUCACCAUCAUUUCUUGCAUGUUUUUCAAGAUUUUGUUUCUUGACACUGUAACAGGGUAACUUUCUUCAACUUAUUUAUCUCUGGUAUAUCAUGAAGCAUCAUACUUCACAUUAAAAAGAAUAAUUUUUAUGUUGCAAAUAAUUUGACCAAUUUAUGUAUGUUAACCAUUCUCUGAUUAUAUUAACAAAAACUGGUGCAGAUUUAUCCAAGUGUUGAAAGUAUUAAGUACAGGUACUUGAUCUCUCUCUCUCUCUUACAAGUGAAUAUUUUUUGGCGUUAUCUCAAACCAGUAUGCAAUUUUAUCAAAGAAAAUGAGAGAGGAGAUUCUGUGUGUUUUCCUGGAAUAUCUUAUGAAUUUGACUUAGUUUUGAAGCUAACAAUGAUGCAAUAACUGAGAGCACACUAUUAUCAUUGACAACUCCACUUGACUUUACUGUCAUUGAAGUGAAACAGUUUUGUCUUCCUUUUAUGUUCUGUCUGUCUGUGUGUCACCUCAGAACAGACACCAUACCAGGACAUAAACCGUCUCCAAAUAAUACUGAAAAUAUAAUGUAGAGGAUAAAUAAAUGUCUCGCUUUUUAAGACUGUAAAUCAAUUGAAAUCUUUAUAACAAGAUAUUCUCUGUAGUCACCAUAAUGUUAUAUAACUACGUAGUGACAGCGAUGAUGCUUAAUAUCAAUGCUCUGCAGAAAAUGCUAAAUUAGAUGUCAAUCCAGAGUUAAUAAAAUAGCCCACGAUUAACACCUUCUUAACUGCAGACCAAAACUGUGGUAUUAACACACUCUUGGGUGAGGUGUGACUACUGUACCAUGAUUUCAGUUUGUGGUAAAGAUGGCAGUGAUACUGAAAAUUGGUUAAAUGUAAUCAUUCUCAAGUAGAUGCAACAGACAUUUAGGUUGUGGUGUUAGGUGCAAAGUGGUGGCCUAAGUGUGUGCUGCUGGACUGAUACGGGUCAUGUGGGUUGAAGGCCGCAAAUAUGAGCUUCUCUCAGCUUCACUGCUCCCCUGUGGUCAUUAUUGUCAUAGUGAUAAAUGUGGUAUAAGGGUCACUAUGCUAGGUAUGUGCUAAGCACACACAUCUACAUAUGUACAGUGCUAUAGCUUGUAGGAUCUAAUCAUGCAUAACACAGUGUACAUGCUUUCAUCUUUCAUCACCAAAUUCUUGUUUUCACAGCAGUCGUGAAAAAGGUUGUGUACAUCUAAUUUGUGUAAUUGAGUUAUUUUCUAAUCUUUGCUUGUAGUAAGCAAUGCUUAAUUUAUAAUAACUGCCUCUUGUCCUGACAGUUGCAGCUGUUCGUACGCCAUGAAUAAUAAGGUUGGCUACUUAUUGUAGUUUGUAGAGCUAUCUUGUAGUACCAGAUAAAUCCCCAAAACUUGGUUUAAAAUUUUUGAAAUUUGUAUCAAGAUGUUUCACAAGUCUCAGGUCUCAUGUGGAGGGAUUAACUGGCUUGUCAUCAACCCCUUAGAAUUUUUAUUAUUUUUUUUUUUUUUACAGUUAAACUUUACUAUUUAGCUCUUAACCUGGGGAGACUGAGGAAAACUUACAUACUUGCCAUCUACAGUUCAGUGCCAAGGAGGGAGGAGGGAUUGACCUACUUAUACAUAAUGUACAGCAUAUGUUAGUACAGUGGUCCCUGUUGCUAUGGAUGUACAGGUAUUGCUAAGGCUGCCAUGUUUGAAGUAUCCUAAUGACAACAAAAACAAUAUGCCUUAUUAAUGGAAAAAUUCAUAAAAUAUGACAGACAACUUUCUAUUUUCCAAAGAACUUUGUGUACUGUGAAUAGACAGGAAAGUGAGAACAUUAACCAAGAACUUUAUAAUACUUGUUUCAGUUAUUCUUUCUCAGCAGUUUUGAAAAAUCCAGUUUGUCCAGAUAUAGUGUGCAGAAACAGCAGUGUGUACUGAGGUUACUUGACAAGUGUGGUUGUCCAAGAAGAAUUCUUUGCUCAUAUCACAACUGUGUAUGAGGAGGAUGUUGUUUGUCACUAUCAGAAAGAAAUUACCUGGCUUUUCUGUUACUUCCCAACAUCACUUUUUCUGGGUCACUACAGAGAUGUUGAUUUCAGUACUGUAGUGUAAUAUUGAGAUCUUGCCUGAGGAGGCCUUAUGGGGGUACAGUACAGUUGUGGUCAAACUUGAGUCAGUACUAUUGGCAAGAUGUGGUGUAUUGAUGUAUUUAUUUUGGUAAGGGGAUUGGAACUCUUCUGGUUACAUACUCAGAUUUUUCUUUGUAUUAUAAUAUAUUUUUAUGUUGUUAUUCAGGUAUAAUUGAUAAUGAAAACCCGCAUUUACUGGCUAUAAAUUACAAUAAUGACAUAGAUGACCCACAAGUAAAUGCCACAUAUGACCAAGUGUCAAAUGAAUUGUGGCAGCAGCUGUACCUCUGAAGAACAAUACAUCACUGCCUUACCUUGUCACUGUGGUUAUACCAGAGCGUAGUGAGCCAGAGCUGUUAGUAUUCUGUCACAUCAGCUGCAUGAGGAGCCAGAUCAUAACAAGAGAUGAUAACCAGUCAAGACCUGUGCAAGUUUGGGUAAUGAAUAUAAACAGAAAAGAGUUUUAUUAAUGUGCCAUAUUUGUUUUCUGUAAAAAAAAAUCAACCGAACCACACAUGUACAGUACUUUGGUGUCUUGAUAUAUACUUCAAACAUGGUAAUGCCCGUCUGCUAAAAGAACAGUGCUAACUUGAGUAGGUACUGAGGAACAUCUGCAAUCCAGGUUUAUUUCACCUCACCUUCCGAAGAAUCUUCCUCAAGAACUUCAACAAUGCCUCUCCCUGAUGCAUCCCUAAGGACCUUGUGGGCAUUCAUACCAGUUAUCUGUUGAAUAAUGCACACUAUAAAUAUUUCAAAGGUCUCUUAUUUUCCAAUCUUUGUGCAAGUUGACUUUUAUGUUAAAGACUAUUUUGUAUAACAGUAAGAUUUUAUUUUGUACUGUAUCAGGAAAUGUUAGGUCUGAUAAUUCCUUCAACCAUAAGUAAGUAAGAUGAGAUUAUUUUUUUAACUUGUUUGUAAAAGAAUAACGAGUUUGACUUACGACUGGGGAUGAGUACAGUACCCGGCACAGUUCUUUCCAUCUUCUUACAUUAAUUUGAAAAUGAGUUUAUUUAUUCUGUCCAAAAAUUACUUGGUUAAAGAGAGUUUUAAUUUUCUUAUGCAAGAUACUUUAUAUGUUUUAGUUUUAAGAAACUAAUAACUGCAGAUCAUGAACAUGGGUAAUUAAUAGUUUCCAAUUGUAGGUAAAUGUGUUCUACUAACUGUUCAGUCAGUUGCCAGUCUUGACUGUGUGCUGGAGGCACAGUUUGGUUUCACUACACCAGUCAACAAAUUUAAUCAGAUUUGUGUCUACCAGUUUACCAAGUGGCUACCGGUGAUGAGUGUAUUUGUUUCCUCAAACUUGUGAAAUAUAUUUUAUCCAAAUUUGUACAGGAAGGAAAAGAUUAAGUUUUGCCUGUAGAUACCAGAUGUUACUUGUUGAAAUUUAUUAUUUUACAGUUUUGAAUUUGCUGAAAUUUAUUGAAAUGAACAUUUAAAUGUAUAAAUAUGUAAUGAAUUUUUAUACAUAAAUUUAUGUUAAUCACUAUACACUAUGUGUAAAUAAAAUAUAAGAGAGAUGUUUAUUUAAAUAAACUAAAUCAAUAAUAUUUAAAUGGAGCUGAUAGUGAUGUAAAUAUACGUCAUCCCUGACAACUUGUACAUAGUGAAUGAUCAGGAACUUGUGUUCUUAGCCAUAUCUGAGAAAACUAGCUGGAUCUUGAGUUGCUGACAGUAGAAAUAGAUUUAAUUGUGUUGCUCAGAAUUCAUCUUUUUCUGACUUAGUAAUUCAAAAUAACUCCCUGAAUUAUGGUACAGUACAGGAAAAUUUCUCCCAUGCUCGCAGGCGGGCAGUUCCAGCAUACAGUACAGUACUGUAAUGUAUACUGUAUUGUACUGUACUGUACUUGCAUGUUGAGGAACUGGAAGUGAAGUCAGAUAUUCUGGGUUUAUAUUUAACAGCACUGACAGAGGAGAAGUAGAAAUAGAAAACUAAUGUAUUGUAAGAGAGAGAUGAGUGUUGGGGGAGGUAGAAGUUAGAUGUGGAAUAUACAUGAAGCUUGCAUGAAGGCACCCAAUAGAUUGACCAUUCUGUAUGACUGUGAAUCUAUACACUUUCCAAAGCAAAGAAUACACCAAGAUUGAGAGCAGUAGCUAUAAGAGAUUUAUACAGUAUUAUAGAAGUUAAGAAGCUUGGUAAGGUAAAGUAUGGUGGUAGGAGAAAUAUUUGUGGAAUUGAAACCCUUUGAGAAAUGAAUGGGUUAAGAGACUAUGAAUAUGUGAAGCUCAAAUGUUGAUGUCUAGGUUGAUACAGUUGAUUUAAUGCACAUCAGGUGGUAGACUAUGCAAGAGAGAAUACAGUCAAGUGAUAUACAUGGAACGGAAUCGUCGUGGAUUAAGAUGGAACAGUGAAAUGAGGUUAAGGAGUGAAUGGGGAUAGAAGGAUGAAUGAAAUUGGUGAAUGAAUCAGCUAAAUGGGUAAAUGAAAUAGUUGUGAAGAGAUGAGAUAAAGUUAUGUAUAUGUCCUUAACAACUUUUUUUGUUUUUCUCUGAGUUGAGGAAUUAUUGAACUAUUUCAACUUUGUGAAUUAUUUUUCUUGUAAACUGCUUCCCUUUUUUGAGGUAGGCUGGACCUGUGCCUCUCCGUGUACUUGCAUUAUGUACGUAGUUGAUGGCUGUAUGGGUUUUGUCAGUGAUUUAUUGACACAUUUAGUCCUCCCGGUGAUUUAUUAGCUGUAGGGAUUAUUCCGGUGAUUUGAUAUCGUAUGGAUUUUUCCCGGUGAUUCAUUGUCUUAAUUUAUCUUAUCUGCUAUGUGUCAUUAAUAAGUAUAAUGUACAUAACUCUUUACCGUUCCCCAGGAGACUGCAGACAUCUUAAACCUCGUAAAUGAACUUAAAAAAAAACAAAAAACAAAAUAUCAACUCUUAAUCCUCUUGUCGUUAGUUUAAGAAAGCUACUUUAUAUGUGAUAUUUCUGUUUCCAGUUUCCUGUCUACAUUGAUUAUCGACUAUUGUCAUUCCUGUUAUGUUUUUUUCACCUUAUGUAUUCUCAAAAUUUCUUAAGUAUUUCUAUGUAUUUCUCUAAUGUGGAUUUGUUGGAUUCAUACUGUAUUUUUUUCUUGACAAGUCAUUUUCUUUAGAGAUUUGUAAAGAGUGAAGGGAGAAGCCUUUAUUGUACUCUGAGGAUAGUCCAACAUUUCUUCAACACACACACUCUGCCUCCAACACACACUCUGCCAUCCAACACACACA